UUAUAAAUUAUAAAUAAAUAAAUGAGUCCCGUUCCGUCUGCAGCAGCGUCAAGUUCGAAGACACACCUGAAGUCGCAGUCGCGCGCCUACGUGCCAUUAUUUCGUGACUUUCGAGUGCUACUAACGCGGCCAAAUCGCAUAAAAAUAGCAACGUUAUACAAAUACAAAUUGUGGCCCGCUGUCGUGUGUUAAAUGUGCAUUUAAAAUUUCCCCAAAAAAAAAUAAAAAAACGGAAAGAGUUCUUUCUUCUCGUUUCACACAGUGUAUUGUGCCAAAUCAGAAAUCUUUAUAUUUUCUGAACACCAGCAGUGCAUAUACAAAUAUCACACACAAACACACAACACACACACAUACAGAUUGCUGCUCCUUCAGUAAUUCAAUUGUUAUUGUUGCUGCCGUUAAUUGAAUGUCCGAAAAUAAAGGCAUAAUGCUGGCUAAAUCUAUGCAAAAACACGCUGGACGUGCCAAGGAGAAGAUUCUACAAAACUUGGGCAAAGUUGAUCGCACCGCAGAUGAGAUCUUUGAUGAUCAUUUGAAUAAUUUCAAUCGCCAACAAACAAAUGCCAAUAAAUUACAAAAGGAGUUUAAUAACUACAUAAGAUGCAUACGCGCCGCACAAACCGCCUCAAAGUCGCUGAUGGAUGCCGUUUGCGAAAUCUAUGAGCCACAGUGGAGCGGCUAUGAUGCACUGCAAGCACAAACUGCCGCCUCGGAGAGCUUGUGGCUGGACUUUGCACACAAACUGGGUGAUCAGGUGCUGAUACCGCUUAACACAUACACCGGACAGUUUCCCGAGAUGAAGAAGAAAGUGGAGAAACGCAAUCGCAAGCUCAUCGACUACGAUGGCCAACGUCAUUCGUUCCAGAAUCUGCAGGCCAAUGCCAACAAGCGGAAGGAUGAUGUUAAGCUUACCAAAGGUCGUGAACAAUUGGAGGAGGCACGUCGCACCUACGAAAUUUUGAAUACGGAACUGCACGAUGAGCUGCCCGCCCUCUACGAUUCGAGAAUAUUAUUUUUGGUUACCAAUUUGCAGACACUGUUCGCCACGGAGCAGGUGUUCCACAAUGAAACGGCCAAGAUCUAUGCGGAACUUGAGGCAAUUGUUGACAAACUGGCUACAGAAUCGCAACGUGGCUCAAAUACGCUGCGCAAACAAACAAUAAAUGCUAUCAAGACGUCGAGUCCAGUGCAAUCGCCAGUAAAUAAACUGAAUAACGCCAAUGCCAACAACAGCAACUAUCAGAAUCAAAUCACCACAAACGGUGGCUCCAGUCUGGCCAACAGUCCAACAUCCACAAGCUCGUCCAUGGUUGAGCCACGAUUUGAUUCAGUUUCUUCAACGCCAGAACCGACGCCAGAGUCGGCACAGCUUUCAGAGCCACCGCGCAGUCCCGUGCUGCGGCUGGAGAAGGCAGCCGCAGGAGCAGCAGGCACAACUAAUGGCAUCACAGCAACAAAGCUCGUGGACCACGCUGAGCUGAGCAGCCCGAAUGCCAAUACAACGACAACAACAGCAGCAGGAACAGGAACAGGAACAGCAGCCAAGACAGAGGAGACAAUCAGUGAGGUGACAACAGAUGGCAAGGAAACAACAACAACAACGACAACAACCACAACAAUAACAAGCACAUUGAAUGGCAACAAUAACGAGCAGCAGCCGGCAACAAAUGCGACAGCAACAACACACGGCAGCAACAAUACGGCCAACAACACGACGACAGGCAACAGCACAGGCAACAGCACAGGCACAGUCACAGCCAAAGAGCCGGGCAAACAGCCAAAGGAGCUGCCGGAUGGCCAGGCGAAUGCCAAUGGCAAUUCGAGUUCGCUUGAGGAGCAUAAGCAAAAGAAAUUAGAUGCCAACACCGCUGAUUUGCCACCUGGUGUGCUAUAUCGCGUGAAGGCGACCUAUGGCUACGUUAAGGAAGAUGUCGACGAGCUGAGCUUUGAAAUUGGCGAUACCAUACGCGUCAUCGAGUAUGAUGAUCCCGAGGAUCAGGAGGAAGGCUGGCUAAUGGGUCAAAAGGAGGGCACAAACGAGAAGGGCCUCUUUCCGGCCAACUUUACGCGUCCCAUUUGAAAAGCUGACGCCGCGACGAUGACGGGAUAAAUGCAACAACUAAUAAGAAAAAAACAUGCAACAACAACAACAACAAGAACAACAAGAACAACAACAACACCAACUUCAACCCACAAUUUUUGUUAUACAAUUAUAUACAAAAAAAAAAAAAAAACAAAAAUACAUUUUACACACAUUUUACAAAUUUCGAUGAACAAACUUAACUUUCGGCCAAAUUUAUACACAGCGCUGCGACGCCUCUUUUUUUUUUGUCAUGUCCAUAAGAACCUGUGGUUUUUUCUUUUUGUCAAAUUUAUUGUUUGGAUUAUUUUAAAUUCGUGUUUGAAUUCGUAUGCAAUAAACAGGAGUCUUGUAUUUGUUAAAGCAGUGCUUCCAAACAUUAA